UGAGCCCAACCCCAGGGCUCAGAUGGGUUCGAGACUUCAGUGGGCGAACACAUGUUCGGCUUUCUACGCAUAUAUUAUAAUGCAAUUAUGAUCGCAUUAUAAUAUCGUAAUAAAGAAGAUUGAAGAAAAGAAAUUGUCGUCAAUAUUGUUGUGAUACCAGUGGAUCGAGUGUAACCUUGGAUUAGUUUGGAUUAGCCAUUGGCCACGUAAUGGAGCAAACGACAAAUGAUUACAAGGAAGAGAACUCAAACGAGUCUCAGACCUGGGAUUUAUCUGUUCGUCCGCACGCGAAUCAAGAAGCUAAUAUAAACUUAAACACGGCGGAAUCACUGAUUUUAGAUCUAUCAUGUAAGAAGCGCGUGAUGCCGAUGUUGACUAAAGAGUUGGUGUCUUCGAUCUCACUUGCAAGCAGUCUCGUGAACCAACAGUAUCAACAACCGGGUCUUCCAGAUGCGGCGCAGCAUAGUCCUAUUGCCGGCAUACCGUCGGUCUCGGAACCUGAUUUGCCGAAAAACACUAAAUACGAGCCCACUCACGACAACAAUCUGAUUAAUAACAAUUUACCUGUUGUUUCGUCCUCGACCGCAAUGAUAUCGCAUGAACAAAUGCUACUUUUGCAGCCGCGUGCUGAUAUCAUACAUAUACCGGUAGCGACAUUUCCGGUAGUAGCGCCGAAUAUACCUAUGCCGUACGCAGACGUACAAUUUAACGAAGCAAUCAACACUAUGUCACCGACAGCGUUAUCACAGAUGAUGCCAUCUGGGCCAUUGUCUAGCAAAGCGGAAUCAUCAUCACCAUCACCAGGCCUAAUAAGAAAAACACAGAGACCGUUUAAAGCCUAUCCAAAAAAUCCCUAUUACUUCGUAGACUCCUUGGACUACUUGGAAGAGCAUGAGAAAUACGAUCAAUUUCGAGAGAAAGUGCUUAUAAAUAUGAAAAGCACUGCAAGCUCGAAUCCUAAAAUGCGAAGGGUGUCCAAGAAUUUUGCGUCGCCUACUAGCACCGUCGUUGAGAAAGACGCAGCUUAUUUGGAAAAAAGGAAAAAAAAUAAUGAAGCGGCAAAGCGUUCUAGAGACAACCGAAAAGCCAAAGAAGAUGAACUUGCUAUCAGGGUGGUUUACCUUGAAAAGGAAAACAUGAUACUCAGAAAUAAAAUAAAAAAACUCAAGCAUUUUUUGAUACAGCGUGAUCAAUUCAACAAUAUAAACUUGGAUACAUCCGAUGAUCAAACAUUUUAUUAGUAUCAAUAUAUAUAUAAUUAUCACAUGUAUAUAUAUAUGAUAUAUAAUAUAUAAA